UAUUAAAGUCUUGGGCGAUAUGCUUCCCUUUUGGCGAUUCCUUAACACCAUGGUUUCUAAGUGUGUGCAACUGAAAUUUGUGACUAUGUGGGAUGAUUGGUCGAGCAGAGUCUUUUUGGCAAACAAUAUAUGAUUGCUUAAUGUUGAUGGGUGCAGUCACACUCUUGGCCAAAUUAACGAACUCUGUCUAAUCUAAGAGCAUAAUUUCAAAUGAACUGUGAAAUGCUCAAAUGCUGUAAUUUGCAGAGUAAUUCAGGAACCAAAGCAAGGGAGGAUCUUGCUGCGGCCACCAGUGCAGUGCAGGAACUCAUGUAUAAAAUUCGAGAAAUUAAAACCAAAGCAGAGCAAAGUGAAACUAUGGUUCAGGAAAUAUGUCGUGACAUUAAGAAACUGGAUUUUGCGAAGAAGCACAUAACAACUACAAUUACUGCCCUUCAUCGUCUUACCAUGCUAGUCUCUGCUGUAGAGCAACUUCAAGUCAUGGCUUCAAAAAGACAAUACAAGGAGGCAGCUGCACAACUAGAGGCUGUGAACCAGUUAUGUAGUCAUUUUGAGGCAUACAGAGAUAUUCCAAAAAUCACAGAGCUGAGAGAGAAGUUUAAGAGCAUAAAACAAAUUCUCAAAUCUCAUGUGUUCUCUGAUUUUUCCAGCUUAGGUUCUGGUAAAGAGACGGAGGAAAACAAUUUACUGCAGCAGUUAUCAGAUGCUUGCUUAGUUGUUGAUGCUUUGGAGCCAUCAGUGAGGGAGGAUUUGGUGAAGAACUUUUGUAACAGGGAGCUUACUUCAUAUCAACAGAUUUUCGAAGGAGCUGAAUUAGCAAAGCUGGAUAAAACAGAAAGAAGAUAUGCUUGGAUCAAGCGCAGGUUAAGAACCAAUGAGGAGAUUUGGAAAAUUUUUCCAACUUCAUGGCAUGUUCCUUAUUUACUCUGCAUCCAAUUCUGCAAGCUGACAAGGACACAACUCGUGGAGAUUCUUAAUAAUCUUAAAGAAAAGCCAGAUGUUGGGAUAUUAUUGCUGGCACUACAGCGAACAUUGGAAUUUGAGGAAGAGUUGGUGGAGAAAUUUGGUGGUGGGAGUCAAAAUAGAGAAACAGAAAAUGACACUGGGGAACUACAUGAAGGGGAAAAUACUAAUCAGAUUAUUUCAGACAUUCGGAAGAAAUACGAGAAAAAGCUUGCUGCACAUCAUGGAAGUGGGAAUGAGGAACAAGAUCAACAAAGAGGUUUAACAUUGCCUGGAGCAGGGUUCAAUUUUCAUGGGAUCAUUUCAUCGUGCUUUGAACCUCACUUGACAGUAUAUGUAGAACUGGAAGAGAAAACUCUUAUGGAGAAUCUAGAGAAACUUAUCCAGGAAGAAACAUGGGAAACUGAAGAGGGAAGUCAGACUAAUAUCUUGAGAAGCAGCGCAGAGGUCUUUUCAAUAAUAAGGAGGAGCUUAAAGCGAUGCAGCGCUUUGACAAAAAGUCAGACACUAUUUAAUUUGUUCAAGGUGUUUCAAAGAUUUCUUAAAGCAUAUGCAACAAAGCUUUUCAUGAGAUUGCCCAAGGGUGGUACAGGAAUUGUAGCAGCUGCAACAGGAAUGGAUGGACAGAUAAAGACAUCUGAUAAGGAUGAACGGGUGAUCUGUUAUAUAGUUAGCACAGCUGAAUAUUGCCACAAAACGUCUGGUGAACUGGCUGAAAAUGUGUCCAAAAUAAUUGAACCUCAGUUUGUCAGUAUGAUUGAUAUGUCUGAAGUACAGGUAAAAAUAAAAAAUAUAAAAUACAAGUCGUUUCAUUUAUGCUUCUCUCUUCUACAUUUUCUAAAUACUACUUCAUUUGUACAGGAUGAAUUCUCAGCAGUUAUAACAAAAGCCUUGAUCACUUUAGUGCAUGGCAUAGAAACUAAAUUUGAUGCUGAAAUGGCUGCAAUGACACGCGUACCCUGGGGCACGCUUGAAAGUGUCGGUGACCAAUCAGCGUAUGUCAAUUCCAUAAACACAAUUUUGACUACUAGCAUUCCUGUACUUGGAAGUCUUCUUUCUCCAAUUUAUUUCCAGUUCUUCCUUGACAAGCUUGCGUCUUCUCUUGGUCCACGCUUCUACCUCAAUAUAUUCAAAUGCAAGCAAAUAUCAGAAACAGGAGCACAACAAAUGUUAUUGGAUACGCAGGCUGUAAAAACCAUUCUUUUGGAUAUUCCUUCCCUUGGGAAACAGACAUCUGGAGCUUCCAGCUACUCGAAAUAUGUAAAUCGUGAGAUGAGCAAAGCGGAAGCACUACUAAAGGUAAUAUUGUCUCCGGUUGACUCCGUGGCAGAUACAUAUUGCGCCCUGCUGCCUGAGGGGACACCUUCAGAGUUUCAGCGGAUUCUGGAUCUGAAGGGCCUCAGGAGGAAUGACCAGCAAAGCAUACUUGAUGAUUAUAACAAACGUGAUGCUAGAACCACUCAACCGUCUAUUAAUUCAGUCGUCCCCACAGUCUCCAGCACGUCCAUUGCACCAGUGCUAGCUGGUCUGCCUGCUCCUGGAAUAAUCUCAUCAGGAGAGGAAGUGCUGGCGAGAGCAGCUGCACUUGGAAGGGGUUUUUCUGCAACCGGAUUCAAGAAAUUUCUGGCUUUAACUGAAGCUGCUAAAGAUCGAAAGGAUGGGUCACUCAGGAAGUUCUUCGUUGGAUGAAAAUGUGAGGUUAGUGCAUGAUAUUAAUGGAAGGUUAUUCCUUUGCUCUCUCCAGGAGCCAAUAUUUUUUUAUUUCUCCUCGUACUUUUAUCCCCCUCCAGGGCACAAGACACGGUAUAGUUCUGUUGGUUCCUUUCAGAACUUUCUGGUUUAUAGGAUCGUAGUUAGCUGGGAAUUUUGCACAAGGAGAGACUUGUGAAGUUUCUUAAAUACUAGUCUUUGACACGUGUGUUGCACGAGUUUUGUAUUUAUUGUAUUUUUAUUAGCGUCAAAAUUGUAGAUUUUUCAAAACUGGUUGAAGAUUCGAAGUAUUCGGUGACGUCUAAUCGUUUGGUUAAUUA